AUGCCCUCGCAGUCACGCCUAUACAACCCCCUUUUCCACCCCUUCCUCUUCCUCUUCCAGAUAUUCCAAUGGCUCACGGACAAGAUCCUCUCACCUAACCCUCCCGGGCCGAGCACUCGCCUCAGCCGCCCGAAGAUAGCCGUGAUCGGUGCCGGCAUCACAGGCGUCACCAGCGCCGCCCACUGCAUCGGCCACGGUUUCGACGUGGUCAUCUUUGAAGCCGGCAGCGAGGACCAGCUGGGCGGCAUCUGGAGCCGUGUCAACAACACGUCCAGCCUGCAGAUCCACUCCGUCAUGUACCGCUUCCACCCCUCGGUGAAAUGGGAGCGCGGCUACCCGGACCGCCAGCAGAUCCUCAGCCAGGUGCGCGAGCUGUGGCGCCGCUACGGCCUCGAUGCCCGCACCCGCUUCAACACCAGAGUCGACCGCGUGUACCAGGACGACGGCGGCAGGUGGAUCGUCAACGACCCCGAGCUGGGCCGCUUCGACGGCGUCAUCUCGGCCAUUGGCACCUGCGGCGACCCCAAAGUCCCGCGCAUGCCGGGCAUGGACAAGUUCCAGGGUGAAAUCCACCACUCGAGCCAGCUGACGGGCGCCUGCUCGGCCCGGGACAAGACCAUGAUCAUCAUCGGCGGGGGCGCGAGCGCGGUCGAGGCGCUCGAGUUCGCGCACGAGGAAGGGGCGAGCAAGAUCUACAUCCUCGCCCGCAGCGACAAGUGGAUCAUCCCGCGCAACCCAAUCUGGAACAUGCUGCUGGCGCUCAACAUUUUCGGGCAGGAAACCUGGUUGAGCUGGAUCCCUGAGCUGGUUCUGCGCAAGAUGUUUUACCGCGACCUCGAGGACCUGGCGCCCGCCAACAAGGGCAUCUUCACCGACACGCCCAUGGUCAACUCGGAUGUGAUGGAGAAGCUGCGCUCCAAGCGGGCCGAGUGGAUCCGCUGCGACAUUGAGCGCUUCACCGAGAAGGGCGUUAAGAUCAAUCGCCGUGCCAAGGGCGUGGCACCGGGAGGCCCCGGCGUGCCGGACGUGAUUGAGGGGGAUGUUGUGGUCAUGGCGACGGGCUAUUCUCGCCCGCAGUUGUCGUUCCUGCCCGGGUCGUGCUUUGAAAAGCCGUACGACCCGCCAAACUGGUAUCUUCAGACCUUCCCGCCGAAUCACCCGUCCAUCUCCUGCAUUAAUUGCACCUACAUGAACGCGAUUGGGACGGUGGGGAACUGGCAUAUUGGUAUCUACACGCGGAUCCUGCUCAUGUUUCUCCUGGACCCGUUGACGAGGCCGAGCCCGUUCUGGAUGAGGCGCUGGAUCGACAUGACGAGGCUGUUGAAGGCGACUUCGCCCGUCGGGCCGUUUGAGUUCUUUACCUAUCUCGAGCUGAUCUGGUGGUUUGCGUUUUGCGUCGCGUUCAACCCUUUUCGGUGGAAGUGGGCCUUCUUUGUCUUCUUUGGCCUGGGCUUCAUGUUACCGGCCAGUGUGGUCGAGGCGGAGGGCUGGGUUCGCAAUGGGCUGGGGCUGAGGGAAGGCCCGAGUAGUGGCCAGGAUGUCGGUCUCAGUAUUUGA